AACUAAAAUUAAAACCUCCCAAGCGAACGAAGCAAUUGACGACGCUCUUCAGCUCCCAUGGCCAAUUGAACGAAGCAAAACCUUCGCACAAAUUGGGCCAAGAGAACGACGCUCUUCAGCUCCCAAGCGGCGCUGCUGCUCCCUCCCGACGAAGAAGACGACUCCUCUGCUGCUGACGAAGGCAACGCCACUGCUUCUCUCAACGAAGGGGACGCUGCCUUGCUGCUGUCGACGGCUUCUACGACUUCCGCACGUCGCUGCUACUCCCAACGAAGUCGACGACCGCUGCGCCCUGCUCCCAAGCGACGCCGCCGCUGCUCUCCAUUAGCACUCACGCACGGUUUGCCACUCCGGGUUACGAUGGUUUGCAAAUGGCAUAUUCUUUGAAGUGAUGUGUUGGGGUGGAUAUGAUAUCAACAAGUACUCAUUCUGUACAAAGUUUCAAGAUGAUAAGAGUACCAUGCAAAACAGCGGGGUGAUGAUUAUUGCUGAAGCCAUGCACUUUUCAAGUGCAAAAGAUAAAAAUCCAAUAAUGGCAUCAAUAUCUUACUAUGGUAUUAUUGAUGAAAUUUGGGAGAUUGACUAUACUGGGUUUAGGGAGGUUGUUUUUAAGUGCAAGUGGGUAGACAACAAGAAUGGAGUGAGAACUGACUCGCUUGGUGUUACCUUGGUGAAUCUGGAUACGUUAGCAUACACGGCGGAACCAUUCAUCAUGGCAAACCAAGCAAAACAAGUGUUUUAUGUGACUGAUCCCUCUGACACGAAGUGGUCAGUUGUUCUCCAAGGAAAGCAUCUAUCAGUCAAUGAUGAAAAUAAUGAUCUUGCUUCGGACAUACUUGAGACCCCUUUAUCUACAUUAGUUCCCGAUGUGAUUGAUGAUAAUGAAUUGGAUAAUGUACAAGCAAUCCGUGAUGACCAUAGAGAAGGAUUAUGGGAGAUAGUUUCUGAUAAUAUAGAUGGAUGAUCAAGAGCAGAAUGGAUCAAACGAUCAAGAGCAGAAUGGAUCAAAGAACAAUUCUGGAAAGAAAAAAGGUAGAAAGGCCACUAGCUUGAAGGUUUUGAUUCGUAGCCGUGCAGCUAACCAAAAACUUCCUAUCGAAUUUAAUGAUCGCCAACAAGCAAGGGGACCAAACAAGAGUUUGUUUGUUAGUUUCGUGGCCUUACAAGGACGGAUGAGAGCUAGUAUACUAGUAUCUGAAUGGGAAUCUAUUGAGGAGGGAGUUAAAAAUCAAAUCUGGGAGGCUAUUCAGCUCACUUUUGAUGUCCCCAAUACUCAAAUAUUGAGAAGUAGAUGGGUGGCAUAUGCGGGUAGCCGUUGGGCGGGAUUUAAAACCUAUCUGACAUCAAAUUUCAUAUAUGGAACUCGUUGUGGAGAGGAUCCGACAGAGAAAUAUAAAUGGAUAGACGCUGAAACUUGGAAGCAAUUUGUCCUGAGCCGGAAAGACCCUAAAUUUCUGGAGCGCAGGAAAAAAGCGCAAGAAACUCAGGCAUAUAAUGAUUGCCCCCACAGAUUGUCCCGGGGGGGAUAUGAUUUAUUAGAAGAAAAACUUAUGGCAGAAAAAUUGAAAAUGCGUGAAGAAGCCUCACAGUCAGAUCCAUCAUUGCUAUUAAAUCCACCUUCACCUAUCAGAUUCUUUAUUACACUGGUAUUUGCACAAAUUGUGUACUCAAAAGCACACUACACAUCGGUAUGGAUUUUUUGAUCCUCAUACGAUUCAAGAUGUGGGAAAUAAGCCUGAUGACAUCCGAAGUUACAUAUUGACCCACCUCGGUGAAAAUAAGGAGUGCUAUUUAUUGCCAUACUACUACCCUAAUCAUUGGCAGUUGAUCGUGUUGUGCCCGAAGCAGAACACAAUUGUCUUUUUAUGCUCAUUGGGGAAUAAGCCAAAGAAGAAUAUAAAAAGUCUUUUGGAGUUGGCAAUGCAAGCACAUCAGAUGACCAAAAAUAAAAGGAAUUCUAAAGUGAAAUGGAUUCAACCAAUGUCCCGAAUGCAAAAAGGUGGUUAUGAGUGUGGCUACUAUGUUAUGAGACAUAUGGCUACUAUUGUUUCUGCUGGUAUUGUUGAUUCUUGGAUGAAGGCAUUCAACGUUCAAGAGUCAUUCACUGAUCAAGAAAUCAACGAGACACGAGAGCGUUGGGCGUCAUUUUUCUGCGAAGCUACGAAUAUUUGAUAUAAUUUUUAGACUCUUAGCUAGUUUUUGAUGAGUCUUGUGAACUCGUAGUUUUAGUGAACUCAAAGUUAGUUUUUGAUGAAUGUUGUGAACUCAUACCUAGUUUUUGCUGAAUAUUUUUGGAUCUUUUGGAUCAAGACAAUGUGAAUGUGGAAUUUUAUUCGUUAUGAGUAAUUGU